CUCAACCCGGUGUUAGGUAAUUUUCCAAGUGUAACUACAGGGCAAACCAAAGUUAAACCUCAAGGCUUAACGAGUGAGUUCUGCCAGAAGUUUCCAUCUCAUGUGUCGCAUAAGGAAAAAUAAAUAACUCACCCCAGCAAAAGAAAGGAUAAUGGGCGUUAAACGGUCUUCACCAUGUUCUACCUGCUGAACUCUGGCAGACGUGCACCGAUAGUGACAAGAAAGGUCAUGUUUAACUUCGUGUUUUCUGAAUGGAGUUUGGCGUGAGGCUCUGUCCAUACAAGACAGAGACCCCGGGUUAAGCGUAUUUGCUCUCAGUAAAGUCACCCACCUCAGAGACUGUGUGCCGGCGGUCAAACUCCUCCGACCCGUCAGCCAGGCACCCGAAGUUACUGCCGCCGUCCUCCUGGAGUACUCUCUUAUGCUACAGGGAGCCAGUCUCCUCAGCGCGGUUACCAAAGCCAUUUGAAGUAGACAAGAAGUCGAAAAAGGAGCUGAGAAACUAUCAAACACACAGACACCUUGAGUUACACAGUCCUCUUCGGCCGAGCUCUUUCCUUCUCACCGGCGAGACACCUGAAGUUGUUUGAUUCAGCCCACCGAGCUAGCUACUAGCUAAGCUAGCUUGUUUUAUCUGCUGGAUCUCGCUCUGUCAAUGUCACGUUGCGUAACGUCUAACUUGAACCUAUGGCAACCGGCUCGUUUUCUGAGAUCCCGGGUCAAUUAGCUGAUUGAUUGUCUUGUGAUAAUAUUGCUACUAAGCAGCACACAAAUGGUUUCGGGCUGCAAUCACACCGCACACGUUUGUGUGGUCAAUCGACAAACGUGACAGACGUGUAGUUAUUCCUGGCAAUGAAAAUAAUGUCAGAGUAUAACGUUAAUUAAAAAUCUUUGAAAAAGACAAGCACAUCCCAGUCCACUCGGACGGGUGCGGGAUAUAAAACAUAAUUAUUGGUUGAAAUGGAUAUAUCUGCACACCAACUACCUCCCGUUGAAAGGAUUUAUUAGUGACGUUUCGAGGCGUCACUAGUUUAAUUAAUCCUUUCAGCAUGUUGGGAUUUUUAUGGGAUUACAGGGGUUGAAUCUAAAAUCUGCUUAAUAAGAGCUCUAGAGAGAUUUAAAAUCCAACAUUUCCACCCUGACCCGGUUCGGGGCACAAACGUCUUCAUUAUCAAAAGUCUCUUUUAUUUUGAAAGCUGAACCGCCACUCUUCCUGUUGACGCCAGCUUUACUCUACGUGCCUGCCUGCGUAAGUUCGCCAAUCAGGGCGACCGAGUUUUAAUGCUCGUUUUGAGUCACUGCGACAGCCGGCAGGCGGAGUUAGUAUUUUUCGCCCUGGGAGCGCUCACUUAAGCAGUUUAACUAACCCCGUCGUGGAACAGAGCAUUAAAAUCGAGAAACACCAAAGUGUUGCUCAAUAAAGGUCAAAGCCCGGUCAAAGCCCUCCACAUGUUGGACAUCCUUACUCGCUCUGUCCCGGCAAAGUGGUUGAACUUGUUGUCACACCCGACCUUGAACUUUUGAAAUGUUUUAAAACAGGACACACCUUGUUAUUAGCACCAUGACCUAGUCGCGACAACAGGAACGAGUUGAGUAGCUUUUGUGCAGAGAAGCGUUAACAAUACGUGAUAUUUAUGCCAUGCUGUUCCAUAAAAAAUAUUUUUAACAUAUUUAAAUUAUAUAUUUUAGAUUUGGUAGUUUGGCAGUGUGUAUGUUCCUGCAUAUACACCAGGUGGAGCCAGAGAUGUAGACCUCUUUCAUAAAGAAUCCAUGACCGAGGCUACUGUAUCUUUAGACUUUACCAUUGCUGAAAUGGUGAUAAUUCUGCAAACUGCAUAGAAAAAGUUCAUUAACAUAUGAAAAAAAGAAAGAAGUGGGAAUCAAGGGCACUGAAUUCUUACCAGGGUUAUGACAGCAAACUGUGCAUGUGUAUCAACUACAUCAGAUGGCCUGUAAAUACUCCUGUCCCUCCUACUGUAUGAGCACCAGUCAUGGUUACCCUCUGCCUACUCUCCCAAAUAUUGAUUGAACUACCCUCGAUUAAACCAAGUGCCAUUCACCUUAUUUACAAGACCCCGAAUACGGGAUGUGUACAGUAUAGUAGGGUGUCAAGGAAAACUGGCUGUUUUGGCUGAUGGGGCUUUACGUAAGGGGUCAACUGUUCACAGCCUGCACUUUAUUACCUGCUGUUAUAUUAUCGUGUUCAAACCUUUAUCAGGCAAGACCUGAGGGGCAAAGUGCAUCACAUACCAGUAAUCAUAUCAAUAAAUAAUGGGCUUUACGACCAGGACUGUAGCAUAUUAAUGGGUAGCUUUUUGUUUCCGAGUUGCUCAGUGUUCACCACCUCCGUCUCAGGUAAGCAGCACACAAACUGACACACCGUCUCCACACUACAGCAGUCUUUCAAGUCUUUUAUACAGCAUACAGCAGUUUGAAUGCUAAAAAGACGUCUGUGAAACGUUGCUGUUUUUCUGGUGUUUACAGGAUGUUGAAGUUAGUGCUGCUGUUCCUGACGCUGUCAGGCCUCCAGGCUGUCCCGCUUGCACUCCCUCGAAGGUUGCAGAGGACAACCUACCGGCUCCCCGAUGGCUUCCGACAAGGUACCGAGCCCUCCAGGAGAUUCCUUGUUGACCUCAACACCGGCCUGGUUCAGGAGCACAUCACUGAGAUGGACAGGAGAGUGGCUUUCAUCCAGCCUUCUCUGGGAAAUGGAUUUGGAGAGAUGGAGAGAAGACAUUGGCUGACAGACAAGGUCCCUCUUGAUGUUCCAGCCCAGAAGAAUGGUGGCGGUUGGAUACGUGUGGAGGAACCCUCUGCUUCUCAUAUCCCUGAUGGUUUCAGACAGGGAACCGAACCCAAGAUGUCCAUCCCUGAUGGUUUCAGACAGGGAACCGAACCCAAGAUGUCCAUCCCUGAUGGUUUCAGACAGGGAACCGAACCCAAGAUGUCUGCCUCAGAUGGCCUUAGGCUAGUAGUAGAACAUGUGAUGUCUAUGUCAGCUGGUUUUAGUCAGGGAACUGAACCUGUCCGUAAGGUCCCAGAGGGCUUUAGACAAGGAACUGAACCAUCUCUUCACCUUCCAGAGGGCUUUAGACAGGGAACUGAACCUGUCAGUAAGGUCCCAGAGGGCUUUAGACAAGGAACUGAACCAUCUCUUCACCUUCCAGAUGGCUUUAGACAGGGAACUGAACCUGUCCGUAAGGUCCCAGAGGGCUUUAGACAAGGAACUGAACCAUCUCUUCACCUUCCAGAGGGCUUUAGACAGGGAACUGAACCCUUCAUGUCUAUCCCAGAUGUUUUCAGACAGGGCACUGAACCCAUUCUUAAAAUUCCAGAGGGCUUUAAACAAGGAACCGAACCCUCCACCUCCGGGCUCCAAACAAAGACCGUGGCAUGUAAGGGGGAGGUCAUCAAUGAAAACUGCUAUGAGUUCAACCCCACGCCGCUGGCCUUCGAAGAUGCACAGGUCUUAUGCAGAGCUCUUGCACCAAAUGCUGAGCUUGCAUCUAUAACCAGUGGCGACCUCCAUUCCCGCCUGGUUUCUCUAGUGACAAAUGGUGGUGAGAGCAACCCUGUGUUGACCUGGCUAGGAGGCAUGGUCAAGAAUCAGCAGGCAUCAUGGGUAGACGGGUCAGAGUGGCGUUACAGUGACUGGAUGCCAGGUCACCCCAACAUUCACACUGAUAAACCUGUCUGUGUGGAAAUGUUCAAGAUAGAUGAGAGCUGGUGGACGGCCGUCGACUGUGAACUGAAGAGAGCGUCCAUCUGCUCAUACCCAAUCUCUGCAUGAAAACCACAAAGAAACAGCGACAAAGACGGUGCCCCGGUUGAUUUCUUUCCUCUUGAAUAUCCGUCAAUACUGUUUCCAUUAGUUUGGGCUACCAUUAAAUGCAUCAGUCUGGAUUUCCUUGAAUCUCCUUGAAUAAAACUUGACAUAUUA